GUCAUCUAGAAAAGUGAAGUACCAGGCGCACGAAUCACAGCUGCCAACAGUGCAAUAAUCUCUAUCUUUUUAUCGUAAUGUAAUCAGAUAUGUAUUUUCCCGCUUUGGUCAAAUGCAAAGCGCAAGGUAGAAAUCAUGCAACAUCAAACAAACGGGAAAACGGAAGCCACAGUGGAAUGCUUCGAAAGUACGGGUAGGCGUCUCGCCGAGGACGUCGCUUCUCUUACAAGGGUCAGAAGUCGGUUGUCGAAAACGUCAGAUGAAAAACUGCACACAAUCAUACCCGCUCUGAUUCCAAAGCUUUUUCAACGAUUGGAGAAUUAUAGCGGCCUACUUACGGGUGAUAACAGCAACAAUGAACAACUCUCUCUCGAUGCUACGACGCUGUCCAUCCUGGAGAAAGCACGAUACCAAAUCAAUCGAAUCACAUGUAGCGCCAUGGGACGUUUCCGAGGAAAUGAGAGCAUACCUACCGAUCCGAUAGCACGCGCAAUGCUCCCMUUUGUCGAUUCGGACAGUGCGGUUGUUGGCACAUGGGCACUGGCAUUUCUUCAAGUGUCCAUUCAGAGGACUUCUGUGACAAAUUCUUCGUUGAUUUCUGAUCUCAUUCCUGCUCUAUUGGAAUCCAUAGGUCGACUGCAUGGACGUAUUUCCCAGAUGGCGGAAAGCCCUCCAGCCAACAGCCCGCUCGAGGCUCGAUGGAUUCGUGUCAGCUGGCUUUUGUUUGAUUGCAUCGUUCUCGAUUCAGGGCAAGAGCCGAUGUUUGAUUGGGACACCGAAACGUUUGACAUCACUCGGAGAAAUGCAAUAGCAAGUGAUGGUGAUGACAAUGGCAGCCACGAUUUAUCAUCUUUUCCAGCUCUGUGCCAAGCUACGAGAGUAAUAGAAGCCAACGACCAAAGUACAUCCGAUGGAUUUUUCUGUCUUUUGUUGGAUCUUCUGUUUUUUCUACCCAUGCAUCCAGUACCUGGUGAUAACACGACUGUGUUGUCUCGACUCGGUAUGCAUCGAAUGGAGCACCGAAAUGACCUCGUUCCGGCUUCCAUCGAUGAACAGGAAGAAAAUGUCGUGUUCGUACCCAUCGCUGAAGAGCACGAAGGUGGUAUGCAGCUUCAACAGAGACCUGUCCGACCGAGGAGGAGGAGAGAAUGGUCCAAAUCAAAUAAAGCGUAUCUUCGUUACAUGAAACUCGUUACUCUUGAGCUAGCAAUCUGGCCUCCACGUCGGGGAUUUUUCCAAGGGGUGGAUAAUGAUCGAGCCCUGCUCUUGAGCAUUUUUGUGGCCAAUUACGAGUCAAUGCACGGACGAAUUGCCAUGUCUUAUCUGAAGGAGUGGAAACAUAAAAACAGCUUUGUGCCGUUGCCAGUUGUAGCUAGUAUUCUUGUCCUCAUGAUCGGAGAAGCCGAGGCAAGCGAAGUGCUAGAUGAAUUCGAAACAAAGCAAGGAAUCAAGUUACCCGAACGGUUGUUGGGAGCAAAGAGCAAAAACAAAGCCAUUUGUCGACCGUCAAUGCCAUGGAUAGUAACUUCAAGUGCUGCAAAUGCUCUCAUGGAAAUUUUGAUUGAUUUGAGAGAUUCGACGGGCAUGAUGAAUACCAGUACUAAUGUUGAUGACGAGAAACAUGCAAUCCUAGUGAUUGAAUUAUCGCUUAAAUUAUCGGAAAUGGAUGACAACAGAUAUACGUUUCUAGCCAUUCGCCUCGUCUCAAUCUUUUGCAACCAUAUCCAGCAAACCACAACGAUUCUGGCUUCGAAUAUACUAGGGAUCGUCACUAAGGUGCUUGCACUCUUGGUGGAUUUUGGCGCCGGAGAUGAAUCGAGAACGAGAACAGAGCGUGGCGAUCGGAUUCCUCUGGGAGCCCCCGUUCCAUUUUCCAAUCGCAACGACCUGAAUCAAUUGCUACAGAAUCACCGAGAAUCUCUGAAAAGAGAGCGCAUGAAGCGAGACGAUGCCCUCCGAGCACGAGAGGACGCAUAUACGCUGAUUCCUCGUCUAUCUUCACAUGUUUUCGAGCGAGCCGAAACCUCGCCCUUUCGGCUCCCCAAUCUAUUGCUCCAGUGUGCUGUCUACGAAGAUCGAUCUCUGGAGCACCACGCAAUCGAAGCCUUGGAUUCGAUGCAAGCCGCAUACAAACAAAAACUCGACAAAGAUGGAUCGCUUUUCGGAAAGGGACACGAGCACUACGGGAUGCCCCUCCAGCAGCAGGCAACUUCUCUUCUGCCGGCGUUGCUGGAGGCGGUGUGCUCCGGAUCCGUGUGCGUGCGCACGAAUGCCGUUCGGUGGAUCCGAAGGGUGCUCCUAGCCAUGGAUUCCGAGGCCGCGUCGUACCUGGCUGCCCACCUUGUCCGAGACGACAACCGCGGGAUCGCCGUGCUGGCACGAGAAAUCCUCGGGAUCACCGCUGCCAACACGCUGGCCGUCGAUGUUCCCGGGAAGAUGGCCGUGUCCUUUCUGAACCUGGCACACAGCGAUGGAUGGGCCACCGUGAGGAAGGAAGUCGAGCAACGAAGCAGAGAACUGGCUCGGCGGCUGCAAAUGGCGUCGUGCGAGAAGAGCGCGGUUCUCCUCCUCCACAACGAGUUUUCCGUAUCCAAGGCAGAGUCCGAAUACCUCAACGAUAGACUGUCGUGCCUAGAUCGCUGCGGUCUGGUUUCGGAGAACAACUUCGAUGCAAAGGAAGGAGGUCCCAAAACGAUUGGGUGCGGAAUCUGCUACGAUGACGUGGAAACAGAACAAACAUACUCUUUGCCGUGUGGUCACGCCUUUUGCAAGCCUUGUUGGGUCUCGUACGCAAGAACUGGUUCCGACAAAGCACUGCAGGGGUACGUUUUGGAUCUCCGGUGUCCCCAGCACGGGUGUGGCGUUCGCGUCCUGCCGAGCGACCUCCGGCAGCUCGAGCCACGCCUCGCUCCGGAAUGGAAGGACGCCUUGCUCCGGAGGUUUGUCGAGGAGGACCCUUUGCAUCGGUACUGCCCCGGACCGGACUGCGGGUGCGUCGCGAGGGCACCCGAGCCCCGACCGGCGGUCUCCACCACGCGGGCUUCCCUACGGGUAACCUGCCAAUCUUGUGCCACUUCGUUUUGCUUCGGGUGCGGGAGAAACGACCACGCCCCCGCCUCGUGCGAAGACAUGGAAAAAUGGAGCUCCAUCGAGGGAUCUUCUCGUUACUGGAUCAAGAACAACUCGAAACCGUGAGUUCCUGCGAUUGUCUCCUCCGCGCAGAGCGUUCUUGCCGCAAUUGCCAAACCCAAUCUUCUUGCUCCACACCUCACCCCCAUCCGAUUGUCCUCGCCUUUUCCCCACCAGGUGCCCCGGCUGCGGCGUACCCAUCGAGAAAACCACGGGGUGCAACCACAUGCGGUGCACCCGGUGCCAGACGGAGUUCUGCUGGCUGUGCCUGAGCCCGCUUCACAGCUACCUCGAAGCCCACGUCUGUAGCCGCUACGAGGCUUCCGGGGCCGCGGACGACGGCUUCGAGAAGCGGGCCCUCUUUGCUGUCACCCGGUACCAGGCCCACGGUGCCGCCGCCGGUUUUGCCGGGAACCAGAUGCGGAACUUCGACCCGGAACGCUUUCUCGAGACCUUUUGGUUCCUGGAGGAGUGCGACGACCCGGCGGCAACGAUGGCCCGGGCCCUGGAGGCCUUGGUGGCGGGCCGGGAGUUUCUGAAGCACUCCCACGUCCGGAUGCUCUUUCGGAACGACGGGGAAUCCGCAAGACUCCAGGAGGACCACCACGCGUGCCUCGAGGUGGUUGUCGAGCGGCUGAGCCGUCUGACCGAGAUAAACCUGCACGACCACUACGCCCGGCGGGGGCGGACCGGGAUCCGCCUCCACGUUCGGAAGCUGGCCUUUUACGCGGUGUGCGUCGCCCGGUACACGGAACGGAUUGCGCGCCUGGAGUAAACCAGCAGGUUUUUGCUUCGACUUAUUCCCGCAGGCAGGCUUCCAGGGCGUCGCAAAAGUCGCGGAUCUCGGUUUCCGUCGUCGUGUAGGACACGGAGGCCCGCACCAGGUCCGGAACACCGGUUUCCGACGAGUCCAGCGGCGUGGAGGUCGCCGGGACGACGCUCAGCUCGAAGCCCUCCGCCCACAUCGCCUCCCGGAUGGCCGAAGAAGCCACGCCCGGGCACCAAAAGGCUACGAUCCCGCAUCUCGUGCUUCUCGAAUGGUGGAUCCGUAGCGCCGGGAUCCGUUCCCGGAGGACGUCCCGGAGCCGGGAGGACCGUUCCUCGAUGUCCCUCUGGAUGGCCGGGAGGCCCCGUUCCAGGGCGUUGCGGACGGCCUCUCCGAGUCCCAGCCGGCCCGAGACGCCGGAUUCCCAGAACUCGAACCGCUUGGCGCCUUGUCGGGGGGAAAAGUCCACCACGCCCUCGUUCUGGAGCUGGGUGCCGGGCCGGUACACCCCUUUCGGGGGAACCGAGGCCACCGGGCAGCCGUAGUGGUCGAUGUGCGACGGCACGAGGUCGUGCGCCAGCAUGCCACUCGACACGUACAGGAAUCCCGUUCCCCGUGGCCCCCGCAAAUACUUUCUUCUGAGGAGCGAAUUCGAAAAAAAAAAACAGCAAGAAGCCACGCGGGUGAGAUUCGCUACUGCCGAGCGCAACACACGGGCCUCCGGCCGGGUUCUUCCCAUCCAAACCGUCCUUACCCCGUGGCCACCAGCGCAUCGCACCGCACGGCCCGCACGUCGACGUCCAUCUGGCCGACGCUCUGGCAGGCAUCGACGAGGUACUUGAUGGAACCGAGGUACCCCCCUGCACCACCGGUGUGUCUCCGCCCCUCGUUGUGGGCCCGGAUCUUCGCCCCGAUGUCCUCCACCGGGUUGACGAUCCCGCUGUUGGUGGGCACGUGUGUGACGCAGACCAGGGCGAUCGACGACGGGUCCAGGCGGACGGGGUCUUUUCCGUCCUCCCCGCCGGCCUCGUAGGCAAAGGUGCCGUCCAGCAUGGCGUCGAGGGCGUCCAGGUCGACCCUCCCGGUGCUCCCCCCGCAAGGACCCACCGACGACGGAAGGGCCAGAACCACCCAGCGGUCCCCGUGGUCCCGGGCCCACUGGCACGCCGCCACGAGGUUGGCGGCGUACUCGGCCUCGCUCACCAGGAUCACCCGCUUGGUUCCAUCGGGGGAGGCCCUCCGCUCCAGCUCGUCGCGCUGGACCAUGGCGUAAAAGGCCCGGGUCCAGCCCACCGUGGCGGACUCGACCAGGGCGAUGCACCCUGGUUCCGCGCCGACCAGCUCCGCGACACUCCGGUAGACAUCCUCCAGCCGCCCGGAGUCCCCGGCGGCGUUCUGGGCCGCAUAGCCCCCGUCCUCUUGCUCCCUCCGGAGGUGGGAGCACACCGCGUCCAGGACGCGCUGCGGGGAGGGGGAGGCCCCGGCGUGGUUCAGGUGGACGAUCUUCCGGAGGGUGGGAUCUUCCGGGGGGUUCUCCCGGCAUCCGCUUCCGGUGGAAGACAGCCGCAGCUGGGACGGGAGGGCAUUUGGGAAGGGGAAUCCAGGCAUUCCCGGCGACGUUUGGUGCCGUGCUGUUCCCGGUGGGAGCCGACGGUUCGGGCUACCGUGGGAAAGGCCCGAAACGAAACCAUGGGGAGGAAGCGGCCGCCGGCGGAGAGGGAAGCGGGCUAUCGCCGCGAGCACCGUGGCACAGGACGCCAGGAGGCGUCGGUUCUUGUUCCAGGGAACCAGCAUGCUCCGUGGGAGUGUCGGGUUUCGGGGAACGUCGCAGCUGUAAACGCCGUGAGGAAGGCCACAACGGGCGGGUGUAUUUGUGUCCUUUCUUGUGUGCCUCUGGAAGGAUCGCCGGGCAUCGAAAGGCAUCCACUGGAAAGCACGCGAUGCAACUCGAAGCGCGAAAAGAUUGUCGUCGCACACGGGACAUUCGAUUGCCACCAUCGCGGAGAGCGCAGAUUCCUCCGAAGGUGCCGCGGAACGUGUUGAGCAAGCAAGGUUCUGGUUUUUAGUUGUUCGAAAUCUUUUUCGUGCGAGGCUUUUUCGUAUCCUUGCGGUACCGUACGAACCUGGUACGGUACCGUACGGUAGAGAAAGACGGAGCGUGACACGAUACAAUGGAAGUAAUGUAACUCGUACUGAAGUAGCGCCGAUUUUCCUACGUGC